UAAGACCUGGGUACCCAAAGCCCUAGCUGGGAUGAUCUAGUUGGGGAUAGUCCUGCUUUGAGCAGGGGGUUGGGCUAGAUGUGACCUCCUGAGCUCCCUUCCAGCCCUCGUUUUCUAUGGUUCUCAGAGAUGGUUAGGCUACGGAGACAGGACUCCUGGGUUUCCAGAGGGUGCUGAGUCCUAGUGGGUUAGGAUGGGCUGUCAGGACUCCUGAGUCCUAUCUGGUUGUCAGAGGUUUGGGGUAAGGAGACAGGGUGCUGAGUUCUUGGAGGGUUGUGGAGCCUAAUGACUUAAAACAAGCUAUCAGGAUGCCUGGGUCCUAUCUGAUCCCACCACAUCAGACCACCCCCUCCCUUAGGCCUAACCAGCACUGUUAAUUGGCACAAGAGCCUGCAAUUGCCCUGGGCUUUCAAAGGAUUGGUCAGGGGUGAAGAGAAGUAGAUCCCGGGGUUAGAGCUGAAGUACCCAGCUCUCAGCAUGGGGAGUCCAGCUGCCUCCCUGCUAGGGAUGGGAAAUGUUUCCUCGCGAAGUAAUCCAUGCAAGGAGAUCACCCUGCCACCACGGGUUUCUGUGACUCGCCCCUGGCACCUGUCCUUCCCCGCUCCCUAGCAGGCCAGCAUACUUGCCAACCACGUGUCUGCAGCGCCGGCGUCCUGAUUUGAACUCGGGGCCUCUUAUUGAGUCUUUGUCAGCUCGGAGAUCUUACAGCCCUGGCUAAGGCAGGCUUUGAAUCGGGAUUCAUUGCAGAAUUGCCUUCUCUCUGCUUUGGGUGGCUGGAAAGGACUUAGCAGGCUGCCCUGGUGUUGACACUGCAACCUGCAUGAUUGACUGGCAUGUUCAGCUCUUUAGGGGCUGAGAUUGGAGCACAAAAUAUCCACCCUGCAGGCAGCCGCCUUCAUAAACCCGGCGACAGAUGCGCUAACUGCCUUGCUGUCUCCUGCCAGAUGUCACUGUUUGCUUUCCUCCUUUUUUCCUGGGACCCAGCGCAGCAAAUCCAGCCUCUCCGGAGAUGCCCGGGGCUGUCGGGAGAGGCUUUCUGCCAUUCAUCCCCACUUAGCCCUGCCUAUCAAAGCAGCACCCGGCAAGUGAUUCACAAACAUGCCAGGAGAGGCAAUUUCCAUGGUUAAAAAGCAUCCGAGGCUCUAGCACAUGCCUGUGAAUUCUCCCUCCCUGGGUCACACCGGGACAGAGAAAGUCCAGCAAAGCCAAGGAGAAGAAGCAGAAGCGGCUGGAGGAACGGGCCGCCAUGGACGCUGUCUGCGCCAAGGUGGAAGCAGCCAAUAAACUUGGAGACCCCCUAGAAGCUUUUCCAGUGUUCAAGAAAUAUGACCGCAAUGGCCUCAAUGUCUCCAUCGAGUGCAAGAAAGUCUCAGGCCUGGACCAGGCAACCGUUGACUGGGCUUUCGAGCUGACCAAAACCAACAUGCAAACCCUGUACGAGCAGAGCGAGUGGGGCUGGAAGGACCGGGAGAAGCGGGAGGAGCUUACGGAUGACCGUGCCUGGUACCUCAUUGCCUGGGAGAAGAGCUCCGUCCCUGUCGCCUUCUCCCACUUCCGCUUUGACGUGGAGUGUGGGGACGAAGUGCUGUACUGCUAUGAAGUGCAGCUGGAAAGCAAAGUCCGGCGGAAAGGUCUGGGCAAAUUCCUUAUACAGAUCCUGCAGCUUAUGGCGAACAGCACACAGAUGAAGAAAGUCAUGCUUACAGUCUUCAAACACAACCAUGGCGCCUACCAGUUCUUCAGAGAGGCGUUACAGUUCGACAUCGAUGACACCUCUCCCAGCAUGUCUGGCUGCUGCGGGGACGACUGCUCCUACGAGAUCCUCAGCCGCAGAACCAAAUUUGGGGAAAGCCAGCACCCCCACGCCGGUGGCCACUGUGGGGGCUGCUGCCACUGAGCCCUGGCCCUUUGCCCUCCCCUUCCUUCCCACCCCCCUCCAAAGCCGGGCCCAGCCGCCGCCUGCCCUCCCCUCUGGAUUCUUCCCAGCUCAGCACCAGGACUUCGGGAGAGCCACCGGGCCCAGGCAGACUGGAUCAGAGGGUAAUGUAGCCCUGGUAAUUCCUGGCAGCUCUUGCCCCGCUUCUCCCACCUGGCGCACGCUCCCCGGAGACCAGCAGAGAUGCAAGCCCCGGCAAUGCUAAGAAAGCCUCACGGCUUGUCCGUCGCUGGCCUCCGAGUCCAGGGCCCUGCCUUUGUCGGGGAAGAAGCACCCGGCAGCCUCCUGGCCCUGGAGAUGCAACUUGUUGUCUCAUUUGGCCCCUUUUAAAGGGGGGAGGGGCAUUUUCCAGCAAGCACGGCUGACCUCGUGUCCUGUGGGAAGGCAGCCCCUUUGCAACGUCCUUUCCUGUUGGCAGCCAGGCCCGGACUGCGGUAGGGAAGGCCGGGCUGGGGUUGGGGCUGCUCAUCGUCUUCCAGCAGAGGCUGGUGCCUUCAUCCCUCUAACCCUGGCAGACGCAGAUGCGGGCGUGAAGCAAGGGGUCUUGCAUGUGGCUGGCAGGUCAGGUCCAGCCCCUAGAUGUGGGGGCCUUUCUCCCCGAGAGGGAACCGACCCCAGGACUCCUUUUUAUGCAGCUGCUUGCAAAAAAUAUUCCCCUCCCAGCCCCAAAUACCCCUCUCCCCCAUGUCCCCUGGCUGAGCUGAGCUGGAGGUUUCCUUCAUUUCUGAUCAUCCGGUUGCCCCACUGGAGUCACUGGGAUGUGGAUUCCCAGGGCUGCCUGUAGGCAGCUGGCAUGUCCAUCCAUCCAUGCCCCCAGCCAAGUGGUACCAAAGAAGUCCUUAGAGAUGGGACCUAUCUUCAUGGGGCAGCCCAGGGGGUGUCGCACCACACCUGGCUGCUGCGUCCCUACAGGAUGGACCUCUUGGCCCCUUGUCGCUCCUCCCUCCCGUGCCCUGGGGACCAGGCCCUGAUGGGCCAAUGAGGUGCCCAGCUCAGCACCUCCAGCCAAGCCUGGUGCUCCCUUCCCCAUGGGAAUCACGCUCCCAAGUCCCCUGGGCCUUGCUGAAAUCUCUCCUGUCCCUCCCCAGGCCCUCUGUACCUGCCCAUGGGCCUGUUCCUCCCCCUUCACCUGGCUCCCAUAGGGGUGGAUCUAUCACCGCUUCCCCUCGCCAUCUUUCUCGGGUCGGGGGGCCAAGGCAGAUUUCAGAAGCCCCCAUUGAAUCUCCAGCCACGGCUGCCAGCUCCGACAUGGGACGGACCUGUCUUCUGGCCUCCUGCCCCUCUCCGAGCAAGGGGUUGACUUCCACCCCCCAGCGUCUUCCUGUCCUCUUCUCAUGCCCCUGUCAAGCUCUUGGGCUGGCAGCCUGAUGGAGGCUGCAGCGCCCCGAAGCCUCUCCCUGGCUUCCCCACUCCCUCCCAAGAUGACUCGUCUUGAUGACGGAGCUGAAUCUCCGUUGACACCCCCCUCCCGGUGUGACUUCGAGGAGCGCUGCGGGGGGCACGGAGCCAGGGGAGCCGUUUCCAGGCUGGGGAAUCGCCCGGCGCGACAGACCCCAGGUCUCGGCAUCCCCAGAGCUUCCAAGGCCUGGGUCCCAAGCGGGUGAGGUCCCUCCUGCGUGACGGGAGAGCUGCGUCGUGCAGCCGGACACGGCCCCCGGGUGUCUCCGUCCAGGCCCCGCAAGCUGGCGGCUUCGCCCCGAGCACGCUGCAUCCAAGCGAGCGAGAUCCGGUAGCCAGCGGGCGUCAGCCGGGGCCUCGAUAGCGCCGCCCCGGCCGUGGGGGGACUUCUCCACCUGGUGACAGCUGGGGCCGGUCUCCAUCUGCCCCCUCCCAAGCACGGGCUCGGCCUCCGGUGACAUCAUCAGCCCAAGGGGAUGGGGUGCUUGGGGACGGCCCCCCCACCAAUCAAAGGGCUCCAAGCCCCGCCCCGCCUCCCGCAUCCACCGAGCCGAGGAGACCUGGUC